ACUUUCCCUCUGAGUUGUAAUGUUCCCGGGUGCGCGUCUCCUGCCUGGCCCUCUUUGUCCGGCGGCGACAGUAGAGGCCGUGAUUAAUAUGGCAAAAUUUGCGUUUUUGUAUGAAUUAUUAUUUUAAGCUGUAUCACAACAUAAAGCUUAUACCAUGUGAGGACUGGUAUAUCGGCAAUGACACACCGGAGAUGUUCAUAUUAACGGACUGCAGAGCAAGCAACGCCGGAGAAAGGGUAUAGUUUGCUUCCCAAUAAUGCUAGCAAGCUAGCUAGCUUUUCGUAGCUAACAUUUUACUAGAGACCGGUUAUUUUGUACCGCUUGCUAUGAAGGCGAAACUGGUCAAUUAACCAAAUUGAAUGUAGAUGAUGAAUUAUUAUAAAUCAUAAUCUACAUGUUAUCUAUCACAAACAUAGUAACUAGCUAGCGACUAACGUUACCCAAAUGUGAUAGCUAACUUUGCUAUCCAGCUAGCUAGCCAACUAUCUUAAUUGCUAACUUUACUCAUCUGUAACUAAGUUUUAUUAUUUUUAGAGCGAGGAAGGUAGUGUUAAGCAACUUGCAUUCUGGCAAACAUUAUCCACAGUUUCAUUCAGCCCGGCUCUUCAUCUUUUGCAAGGUGGCUGCUGAAACUAACCCUGGCUAGCCACAGUUGUUGGCCACCGAACUCCGUGACAGUCAAAGCGGUGUGCGCAAGAUAUCUAGCUGUAAAACGAGUUGUGAAUUGCAAGGGGAUCUAUCUAUAGAAACCGUCCUCAUAUCCAAAGAUCGUGUAUGACUCUACUUGCGAGUAUUGCUCAGGUCCAAAUUAUCAAGACUUUUCGUAAUUUAAAAAAAUUCUUACAUGAUAUGAACGGUGAAAUGUCACCGCACCGACAGUCAUAUUAAUGGCUGCCGAAUCGGGGAGACUACUGGCGGGACAAGGCCAAGGAAAGCGAGGCAAAGGUGGACAGAUGAAGAGUCCAGAAAAGAGGAAGAGAAAAUCCAACGCUCAGGGGGCCGGUGCCGCGUUCUCCCACCUCUCUGAGUUUGCGCCCCCUCCUACCCCCAUGGUGGACCACCUGGUUGCCUCCAACCCUUUUGAUGAUGACUUUGGCCCCCCAUCGCUGCCGUCCCGACCUGGUGGGGCUGGAGUUCCAGGAGGGGGUCCAUUCCUCCCGAGCCCCGGGGCAGGUGGAGGAGGAGGGCCUUAUGGAGGCAGGAUAGGCCCCGGGGGCAUGGGCUUCAUGGGGGGCCCUGGGGGAGGCCCUGGAGGACCAGGACGGAGACUGCCCUUUGGCCCAGGACCACCCAACGCAGGACCGCACCACCAGCUGGGCUUUGGGGGGAUGCCUGGCUUUGGGGGUGGAGGUGGCGGAGGAGGUUUCCCAGGACCCGGGGGUCCUUCGCAAUUUAACAUGCCCCCCAAUUUCAGUCCGCCCAUGCACCCGGGACCGGGGUUCAACCCUAUGCUGUCCCCUGGUGGUAUCGGGGGUCCUGGAGGAGGGCCACCGCACCCUCGGUUUGGGAUGCCCCCGCAGCAACAGCACGGACAGGGUGGGCACCCCUUCAACAGCCCCCCUUUGCCCGGUGGCGGAGGACCCAGGGGACCCCCCCAUGGCCCCAUGAACCCCAUGGGGGGCAUGCCUGGUGGGAUGAACAUGAUGGGGGGCAUGGGCGUUGGCCCAGGAGGAAACAUGGGAGGGAUUCCAGGUUUACCCCCUCAAGGACAGUUCCCUCCCUCACAGGAUGGCCCAUACCCAGGCCUCAGCCCCCCGGGCCCAGGGAACGAUGAGGGGAAGAACUUUGGCGGAGGUGGGCCCCAGUCUGGGCCUCCGCAGCAGCAGCCUAACUUAAACACAUCUGGUCCACCGGGUCCCAACAACACUCCCCCCGGGCCCACCAACUCUGGCCCUUCCCAGCCUGGAGGAGGCUUCCCUGACCAGCAGCCCAACACGCCCGGCCAGCCCCCCUCAGCACCGCCCCAGUCCAACCCCAACUCCUCCCCCACCGGCCCACUCAACGGCUCCCAGCCCCUGCAACCGCCACCCAAUCAGCUGCAGGGGCCCAACUCUGCCAACGCCCCCUCCUCCAAUAACCCAUCCCAACAGCAGUCAACUCCGCCGAAUUCUUCCCUUGGAUCAACCCUUUACAACCAGCAGAACAACACCCCUGGUGGAGGCUCCAUGCCAAACGCUCCCCCCAACUCUGCCCAGAACAACAUGACCAACAACAGCAGUGGGGGUAACACCCCCGGCAGCAACCCCAACCCCCCUUCCAACUCUACCCCCAACACUCAGUCUCCGCUGCCCCCCGGCCCCGCUAACCCCUCCACCGGCCCAGGCUCCGGUCCAGGGAAGCUGGGCGGCCCGGGCAUGGUGUUCCCCUGCGGCUUCUGCCUGUCGGAGGUGCACGACGACCAGGAUGCCAUCUUGUGUGAGGCGUCGUGCCAGCGCUGGUUCCACCGUGACUGCACGGGCCUGACGGAGCCAGCCUACGGUCUGCUGACCCGAGAGAGCUCUGCUGUCUGGGCCUGCGACUUCUGCCUCAAGACCAAGGAGAUCCAAGCUGUGUAUGUCCGCCAGGGCUUGGGCCAGCUGGUGGCUGCCAACGAGGGCUGAGGAAUGGAAGGCGGAAGAGAAUAGACUGGGAGGGAGGAAGGGGUGCAGGGGAAGAGGUAUUGACUGCUCUGAUCUCUCUCAGAAUGGCUUUGGGCUGGGUUUCCCAAAAGAAUCGUAGCGCUAAGAUCAUCUUAAUUCCAUUGAAACUCAAUGGACGAAAGAUGAUGUAAGUGCUACAAUGCUUUUGGGAAACCCAGCCCUUGUCUACCCACCAGCUACUCACCCAACCUUAUCUGACAAGCUUUUUACAAUGCCUGAUUAAAUAAUUUUAUUAAAUACAUAAACACACACUUACAUGAAGCACUUUUAGUGACUCUUUUGGACUGAACAACUGAUUUCCCCCUACAUGACAAAUGUCCACUCCACAUGAACCCCCCCAGACAUCCGGCCUGCCGACCAGCAAAGCACUGACACCAACACACUACCUCAUACUUUGUGACUGACCGGCAAGGGCCCCUCGCACUGACACACUGACUGACUGACCCCUGGUGAGAGCGUGGUCACCACACAUACCCCUGGUUCUGACCCAGAGCAGAUGAAUCCAAAGGUGAUCCAAACCGCCCCUCAAUGUACUUGACUGUCCUCCCUCCGAAACCUCCAGAGAGCAAAUGAAUGGCGCCACAGAAAAGUGUAGAUGUACAGCCUGAACAUUUGCCCAAAACACGUGUCUGUCGAUCUUGGAAUGCAGAAGAAUCAACCAAUGAAUGAAAAAAAUGAACUAUAUUAUGUCUAGGUUCUGUCAAUGGACUUUUUGUUUUUAUACAUUGAAUCAACCAUUUCUUUAAUAAUUUUUUUUCACUGGACAUGGAAGUUGUGAUAUCAGUGCUGUUUGGAUGGUGUUGGCAUAGCUACAAGUAGUGACGACAUGGUCAUAUCCGAUGUGUGUACUAGUCUUUGGGGUUGCAUGUGAACCAAUGCAGUAACUUUGUCCGAUCUGUUUUUAUUUGUAAUUUGGUCUCUGCUAGAGGCCUCAAAGUAGACCAAAUAACGGCGCGAAAAAUAUCAGUUUUCAUAUUACUGUCAUGGCAGGUGUUUCUAAUUUUUCUUAAAAAUAAAAAAUCUGUUCAAUUUGCCUUUUUCUCAACUGUUCCCUUUGCACUGAUAUGUGCUCUGUAAUAAUGUGCUCUAUGCUGGUGCCCUCUGGCUGGAACCUGGGGGACUGACCAGCAGCCCACACAGUGGGGGAAUGCACUAAACUCUGAAGUAGUAAAUUUAAUUGUUUUUGUACUCGUCCUCUUCCUAAAAAAUUUAUAUUUGUGGCUUUUUUGGAAUUAAACAUGGGGAUAUGCUAAACCCACUAAAAAC